UAUGGCAUUUACUUACAAAAGUUGGUGUGGAAGAUUCAAAACCCCAUCCGUUCAUUAACGAGUUCAUUCCAACCAUUGAAAAUGAUGAUGGUAUCUGUUAUACACGUCCCCAAAAAAUUACCAGGGGUUAGGGAAGAUGGAAGUGUGUCUCACUUCUUUCAUCGAGCUAUCAAAGCUUACAAUACUGGAACACGGAAACGUCGAAAGAUCCAUCGUGAUGAUUUUAGUGAUGUCCGCUGGCAUAAGACUGGUAGGACAAAACCAGUGGUGUUGGAUGGUGUUCAAAGAGGAUGCAAGAAGAUUAUGGUUCUCUAUAUUACCCAGGCCAAAGGUGGAAAAGCGGAGAAGACUAAUUGGGUGAUGCACCAAUAUCAUCUAGGAACUGAGGAGGAUGAAAAAGACGGGGAGUACGUUAUUUCUAAAAUAUUUCAUCAGCAGCCACAGCAACAAACCAAACAGGGUGAUAAAACUGAGCCGGAUUUACCUGAAAUGACUGAUACAAUGACUGUUAAAGUAGAUCCUGUGACACCCAAGCCUGUGACACCUAAGCCUGUGACACCUGACCCUCCACGGACAGGGAGGCAAUGCCAUGAACAUGACCAAGGACAGGACUAUACAGUUUCUUACAUCAACCCCGCUGCUCAGGAAUUUUCAGCAAAGCAUCCUACAAUGCAGUAUGUUGAAGAUGAAGUUCAAACUGAAUGUGAAAAUUCCAGUCACGAUGAGCUACCUGGUCAAGAAAACCAUGCUAACCAGAUGUUAGAUAAUGAUGGUAAUAAUGAUAACGAUAAUCAUGCCGAUGAAGAUUCAAAAUGGUGGGAUGGUGAAUCGCAGUUCUUGUUGGAUUCACAGCAGCUAGUGGAAGGGCUCUCUCUUUGCGAUGAGCUCCUUCAGAGCCAGUCACCAAAGAGGGAUGUUAAUGGUAAUGAUGGGAUACCAGACAGUAAUCCCCGUCUUUCCGAUUAUGGUCAUCUUGGAGCAGAACAUCUCAAGAAGGAUCUGGAGGAGUGUCAAAACCUUGAAGGUGAUAACCCAACAAACAUAGAACUCGAUACACCACACGAGUUCCACCUGAGUCAGCUUGACUUUGCAUCACAGGAUAGCUAUAUUGCUUGGGGUUGGAGAAAGGUAACUGACUAAAUACAUGUCAUGAAUCAUGGAGAAGCACGUUGUAGAAUAUUUUGCGAAAACUUUACCUUAUCAAUCUUUUUAUUAUUUUGGGGCUAUUU